UUGAGGUAAUCACGUGAGCAGCAGCGUUUCUCUUAGCUCAGCGCGCGGCGAGUGUUUGCUUUUCCCGCGGCACACCCGAGCUGCGCGAUGGCGCGCGACGUCACAGAGAAUGCCGGACUGAAUCAGCGCGGCGCGUUCCGGCCUUUGUUCUACGGUGCGGCGGAUCGCGAGCCCCUGUGCAAAAGCCGCAAUGAUCGCCUGUCUUACGAUUCCAAAGCAGAAGAGGAUGACAAGGCAUCAGGAGCGAGUGACCACCACGAGACGGGUGAACAUCGCACAAUAUACAUCAACGGACUGCAGAAGCACAAGUUCUGCUCCAACGCCAUCUCGACUGCAAAAUACAACAUCCUCUCCUUUCUCCCCAAGUUCCUAUUUGAACAGUUUAGGCGAUACGCCAACGUGUUCUUUCUUUUCAUUGCACUAUUACAGCAAAUCCCCAAUGUGUCACCCACAGGCCGCUACACAACGGCUGUUCCCCUCGUCUUUAUCCUCGUUGUCUCGGCACUCAAAGAAAUUGUGGAGGACUUUAAAAGGCACCUAGCAGAUGAUGCCGUGAACAAUAGCAUAGUCUUAGCCCUGCGGGACGGGGAAUGGAAGGGAAUCAGGUGGAACCAGGUCAUGGUGGGUGACUUUCUGAAGAUUACCAGCGGCCAGUUUUUUCCUGCUGACCUGGUCUUGUUGUCUUCAAGCGAACCACAAGGAAUGUGCUACAUCGAAACUGCGAACCUCGAUGGUGAAACAAACCUCAAAUAUCCCCAGGGUCUGACCCAGACAGCAGGGAUGCUGACUACCAAAAGCCUCGCUGAAAUGCAGGGUCUUGUGGAAUGCGAAUUGCCAAAUCGCCACCUGUACGAGUUUACAGGCAACAUCCAUAUCAAUAAUCCCAAGCCUGCAAAGACAUGCCCCCUGGGUCCUGAUCAGAUUCUACUUCGUGGUGCCAUGUUGAAGAACACAACGUGGGCAUUUGGUGUUGUCAUUUACACGGGCCAUGAAACAAAGCUCAUGAUGAACUCCACUGCUGCUCCGUUGAAGCGGUCUACUGUUGAUAAAGUCACCAACACCCAGAUCAUCAUGUUGUUUCUGCUGCUUAUCGUCCUGGCACUGAUCAGCUCGGUGGCAAGUGAGAUUUGGACUGCAAAGCACGCUGCCACCGACUGGUAUCUAGGGUUGGAUGACCUGAGCAGCAACAGCAACUUUUGCUACAACUUCCUCACCUUCAUCAUCCUGUACAACAAUCUGAUUCCCAUCAGCUUACAGGUGACUCUGGAAAUGGUGCGAUUCAUACAGGCCAGUUUCAUCAACAUGGAUUCGGAGAUGUACCACGAAGAUACGGAUACACCCGCCAUGGCCAGGACUUCCAACCUGAAUGAGGAACUCGGCCAGGUCAAGUACAUCUUCUCCGACAAGACUGGCACCUUGACCUGCAACAUCAUGGAAUUCAAGCGCUGCAGCAUCGCUGGCCGGAUGUAUGGCACUAUGGAAGAAGGGCUUGACGCCAAGGAGAUACAUGAUAUUCUUCGCAAGAACACGGCUGCCACACCCUAUGUUCGGGAGUUCUUCACGCUGAUGGCUGUUUGCCACACAGUGGUACCAGAGAUUGACAAUGAAACAAAUUACAUCAAGUACCAGGCUGCAUCACCCGAUGAAGGCGCUCUUGUAAAAGGGGCACGAGAGGUUGGUUUUGUCUUCACUACCAGGACGCCAACACACGUGACAGUCAACAUUUUUGGCUCAAACGAGAAGUAUGAGAUCUUGAACGUCAUAGAGUUUACGAGUACCCGAAAACGAAUGUCUGUCUUGGUCAGGACGCCUCAGGGCAAGAUUAAGCUAUUCUGCAAAGGAGCGGACACUGUCAUAUAUGAAAGGCUCGGAGCUGAGAGCCAGAGUUUCAAAGACAUCAACCUCAAGCAUCUUGAAGAAUUUGCCUCCCAAGGUUUGCGAACUCUGUGUCUUGCUGAAGCAGACAUUUCUCCAGAAUACUAUGAGGAGUGGAAGAACACGUACCACAAGGCGACCACAUCCCUGCAAAUGAGAGAACGCAAGAUCGAAGAUGCUGCACAGCUCAUUGAGACGAAUCUGUCUCUCUUGGGCUCUACUGCCAUUGAGGACAGGUUACAAGAUGGUGUUCCAGAAACAGUGGCUGACUUGCUGAAAGCUGACAUCAAAGUAUGGGUGUUGACUGGCGACAAGCAAGAAACUGCCAUCAACAUAGGAUACUCAACAAGGCUGAUCUCUCAGUCAAUGCCACUUCUAGUCAUUAAUGAAGAAAGCUUGGAUGGCACACGAGAAGCCGUUCAUAAGCAUGCCCACGACUUUGGUGACCUCCUGAGGAAAGAAAAUGAGCUUGCCCUUGUGGUUGAUGGAAAGACGCUGAAAUACGCACUGUCUUCUGAUGUUCGGCGAGAUUUUGUUGACAUCGCACUUUCCUGCAAGGUCUGCAUCUGCUGCCGGGUGUCCCCAAUGCAGAAAGCAGAAAUAGUGGACAUGGUUAAGAGUGCCACUCACUGCGUGACUUUGGCCAUUGGUGAUGGUGCCAAUGAUGUCGCCAUGAUCCAGGCAGCACAUGUAGGAAUUGGUAUCAGUGGCAUGGAAGGCUUGCAAGCUGCCUGUGCCUCCGACUAUUCAAUCGCACAGUUCCGAUUUCUGCGUCGUCUGCUCUUCGUGCAUGGAGCCUGGAACCACAACCGAAUGUGUCGACUCAUUCUCUACUCAUUUCACAAGAACAUAUGUCUCUAUGUCAUUGAGUUGUGGUUCGCGGCUGUGAGUGGAUGGUCUGGACAAACUUUGUUCGAGAGAUGGUCUAUCGGCAUGUACAACGUGAUGUUCACCGCAGCUCCUCCCCUCGCCAUCGGCCUCUUUGAUCGCACCUGCAGUGCAGAGGUGAUGAUGAAGUACCCUGCACUAUACAAGUCAUCUCAGAAUGCUGAAGGCUUCAAUGCCAAGGUGUUCUGGGUGUGGAUCAUCGACGCCAUCUACCACUCAAUAGUCCUCUUUUGGCUGACCAUGCUAGGAGUAAAGCAGGAUGUUGCCUGGGCGAAUGGAAGAGACGGUGGAUACCUCAUGUUUGGAAACAUGGUGUACACUUACGUCGUGGUGACUGUGUGCCUCAAGGCUGGCCUGGAGAUGAACUCGUGGACUUGGCCUGUGCACAUGGCCAUCUGGGGAAGCAUUGGCAUGUGGAUAGUGUUCCUACUCAUCUACUGCAACAUAUGGCCAGUGCUACCCAUCGCUCCAGACAUGGCUGGCAUGCAUGUCAUGAUCUUCUCGUCUGGGAUCUUCUGGAUGGGCCUCGUGAUAAUUCCCUUCAUGGCACUGCUGGCAGAUGUCAUUGUCAUUGUGAUUAGGCGAUCAUGUUUCAAGUCUUUAACCGAAGCUGUGAGAGAAAGUGAGAUUACGCAUGCUGACCCUGGCCCUGUGAUCCUUCAAGGAACCAAGCAGAAGUUGACAGAGACUGCACGUCUGCUGAAGAAUGUCUUCAUGAAGCCUGUCACCACAGCACAUGUACCAAUAGAAGUGGAGCUAAAACAUGGCUACGCCUUCUCUCAAGAAGAACAUGGAGUAGUGCCUCAGGCUGAUCUUAUUCGUGCAUACGACUCAACCAAGACAAAGCCAAAAGGUGUCUGAAGAACAACACUCAAGCCACGAGCACACAUUCCACUCUCAGCAAGAGCUUUGGAAGCGUCAGCAAUGUCAGCUGCACAGUGUACAUACCAAGUGUGACUGCUUCCGAGUCUCUGUAUGUCUGUGCAUGGAUGUACCCAAGUGACUCUCUUCUUUGUGUUAAAUACGCCGUGCAAGUGCGUUGGUAUACAGGCUGUGCCACAAUUCAGUGUUGUCACGUUUUCCAGCCAGUGAAGGCUCACCUGGCAGAAUGUAUUUUUUUCUCAAUUCACUUUACUUAUGCAUAGAGAUUGUUUCACACAUGGUGUUGCACUAUUUCUUUUCACUCUCAUACAUCAGCAUGUUAGGCAUGGGCUGAACUACUGUUUUAUUGGUCAACCUUUUGUGACAUGACAAGUUGAAUCUCGUGCUCUUUUUUCUGGUCUGUUUUGUGCAGUAAACCAAAGCAGAACAAAAUUUAUAUCUUGUUGUACAAACCCAUGUAGAAAGCAAAGAUGAACAAUGUAGGUGAGCAGUUCUUUACCCCUUAGGUCUUUUCUUCUUUUUUUUGUUAAACACUUGACGUGUACAGCUUCAAAGUUUUGUUGUUACUAUGUGCUUCCCCUACCUUGGAACAUGAGUAACCUCAUGCACAAAUGCAGAUAAGAACACAGCUGUGAAGAUUAUGCAUGUCUGCUGCGAAUGGUAACGUUAUUACACUAAAAGCAGCGAGUGCUUUUGAGGCAGUUACGUGAACAAAAGUUGACCACAUUUUCUAAGAACUGUGCAAUGAAAAGUUUGUCCUAGAGUCAUACUCAAGGCGCCAUCUGAUUCCGAUCUCCACGAGGAAGGGCACCCAGAUGCUGAACGAAUGAAUGGAGCGUAAAACGAUGAUGACAUCAAAAGUCGGCACUUGUGUGGUGUUGUCUGUCCUUUGUGCUGAGUCACUAGACACCCUAGUCACUAUGGUUCUUAUGUUUAGUGACUGAUGCAACAGAAGCACUAAAGGAGACCUGGUUAUGAGAAAAGGUACAAGGCCACUGUCGACACACCCUAUUGUCGCUAUCUUGACUACGCUGCCUUCCUUAUGUUGAAGGCUCUCUAAAUGGUUGUCUUACAGUAAUGUUACUACGUAUAAUGUUUCUUAACAGCAUAAAAUAUCAUAUGAGAAUGAGCUUUACAAAUUUUAUUGCUUACAAGCAGAAGAAAACAGUUUUAGGAUUUUCAUUAUGACUGUAGCUCCCAUGCAACUCUGGUGAAUGCACUUUGCAAUGCCAUCAUCUGUUGUGGAAGAUUGUACAAAAGUUCCAGAAGACUAGUGGCCAUGAUUGCAGUCUGAUUUCAGAGGCCGUGUUAUCACACAGAUAUCUUUGCCUUUCUGCUGCAUAAGCAUAUCAGAGCACACUCAUUUGUGGCAAUCCCUAUGGUGAUCGUAAUCGGAAUACAGCCCUGGUCAUGAUUGGCGAUAUCGGGAUGCACUGAUGUGCAAUUUAAUCUUUUAACAUCAUUAGUGUUAGACAAAAAAGGUUUGUACAUGUUUGAAAGGUUGCUAAUUGCAAAAAGAAAAGAAAGAAAAAUCAGCUUUUGGAUAUUGCUACAAGUUAAAUUUCCAGUAAUAAAUAUGCCUUGUUACACAAUGUUGCUAAGCUAGUUGCAUGUAAUCGAUUGUUGUAAGGAAACAUCCGCAACUUCAGUAUCUUCCUUUGUCUUUCUGCUGACCUGUGUCAUGACUCAGCUGCUCAUGUUAAGGGCUGCAAACAAUGUAGCAAAUAUGCGCCCAGAGUUUUAUAAAAUGUGUACACCAUAUGCAGCUGAUUCUAUUUGAAUAAUCAUUGAAAUAGUGAAGAAAUUGCUAUGCUGCACUCUGGUGAACACUGUUUGUUGUACAGUGCACAUUUCUACUUAUACCAAAGAUUUUCUGAUUGAAUUCCAUUUCCUUCUAGCAAGGGGGAAGUGUUGGCAUUAUGACGACUUAACAAUCUAUUACUUUUCAGUUUACGGUAAAGGCAACUAAGACAUUGUGUCGGUGUUUGUUAACAUGUGAUGCACCAGAAAUCUGGUUGAACAUUCUUAAUUCGCUGAGGUUUUAAGAAAGUGGAGAGGAAUGGCAGUGCAUUCCCGUAACUUUGUCUGGUAACCCCUGUUUUUUAUUAGUGUUGCAUGGUUAAAAAAGGCGGGGAAAGUAUUUUCCAUGGUGCUUGCAUUGUAGUCUUUCACGCUUCACCGGAUAAUGUUGCAUUCUCAAAUGUGCAAUCUAGUCAUGGCAGUCAGUUUAUCACAUACGUAAUGUGCAUGAUUAUUGGAACGCUAGAGCCAACCAGAUAGCCUACUCACAACCUGAUGUUACAUCAGAUUCUUUCAUUGCUUUGAAGCAAUGGAUGCCUUUACCGCAUCAAUUUUCGUAAUGUAAGCAUGAUGCAAGUCCAUACGUUACUUAGGUGUGUAUUUAUCUGUGUUCAGUGCAAGAAAUUAUGGAACGGAUAUAUCAUUGCCCACUGCCACAAUCUAUUCAUGCUUAGAACAUCAGUUUCCUAACAUCGCCUAGAUGCCUGCACGGCACGCAUUAUGGUCACUGCUUCUAACUGGUGUGCUUUCGUUCAUUCAUAUAAGGCUGUUUUCUGAUUAGUAAAAGGUAAACACCUGCCUUUCGUAGUUGUCAAAUAACAUUUCAUAAAACCAAGAAAUACUGUAAACAACUUUUUUUUUUUCUCAAGCUCAAUUCUUUACAAUUUCAUUCCGUGACAAGAUUUCAGAACAAUUUGUGGUAUCUAAAUAUUGAGAGAUGAUUUUGCCACUUAAUGUAUGCAUUGAUUUUAAAAAAUUGGUUCUCCAGCUCGUUUGUCAGACCAAUUUUUGUUGAAAUGCAGCCUGUUCUCACAAGUUGAGUCAUUUGCAGCACAUGAACUUCAAGGUUGCCAUCAUCAUUCCUUUCCCAUCUGUGGUCCGACUAACCAGCGUAAACCAGGACAUCCAUGUACUUGACCAAAUGCCACUGUUGUCCUUAAUCUUGCUUGUGGUGCGAUUGGGAAACCAUUGCAUGGUUUAGGAAAGCUGUACAGUUAUCUGCAGCUUGUCUUAGCUGCUUGCAAGCAUUGUUUGUGAUGGUUUAAAGCAGCACAUUUUGGACACCAUUGGACCAUGUGUGACAACAAAUGAGUGAUGUACUCAAAACAUAGAUUAAUUCUAUCUAAGUGGUGUUGAACUUAAGGAACACAUGCCAUUUGCUGUUGGAGCUUUAUAUAUAUUUUAUUGUGCAAGUGUCUCGAUUGAGGAAUGUUUCCCUCCCAUAUUCAGUGUGAGAGCGGUGAUGUACACAAGAAGGUAUGUGAUCGGCAAAGGUUUAAAAGGACUUGGAUGUUCAUGGCAUAUAUGCUUGUAUUUAUCGAUGUCAAAUCGCAUUAAAGUAUGUUCCAAAGCAGGUA